AUGCAAUCAAUAGCCCUAAAGGGCGCCGAAGGCUUUGGCCAGCUGUUCUUGAUCGCUGUUCGGUUAGUGUCUUUGUUCGGUGAGUGGAGACGGCCUUAUCGACUGGGCGGCGCCGGUCGCGCGCGUUCGUUCGAGCUCGGCGUCGCGACGAUCGCCCACCCUCGGCAACUUUCGGCUGUGUUCGGAACUUACUACUGUAAAUUUAAGGGCUGCGAAAGCUCAUUGCUGAAAGACACCGCAUGUUCAGAUACGCAAGUUGAAGGCGGCAACCCUUUGCGUUUGGAGGUCCGGACACAUGGCGGUAGGGUGUCGCGGGGGCGGGGAGGGUGCGGGGUAGCCGCGCGCCCGGGCCGCCCCUCCUCAGUGGCGGCCUGCAGUGCCGAACGCGCGUGUCGCCUCCGACGCUCGCGCCCCGCGCAUCCAACCUGCUCAUUUAGCAAGCGACGCCGCAGACGGCGGUGCCAGCCCCGCGGCCCGGCGACACUGCAGCCGGGCCGGCCCGAGCUCCUUCGAUCGCGACCUCAUGUGACACCUCGCCAAAAUGAAUGUGACCAUUGUUUACGUUAG